UUGAUGAUGGUGGAGACGAUGAUGGGUAUUACGACGGAGAGGACACAAGCUCUACAACAACUACAACUACAACAACAACAACGACGACAACGACUACAACUACUACGACAACGACAACGACAACCACAACUGCAGCUCCUUCAAGAGGUGGUCCAUUCUAUUAUGUAAGCCGUUUUGAACUCGGCGGUGAUGAUGAUUAUGAUGAAUAUGAUGACUACUAUGACAACUCGUACUAUGGCGAAGAUGAUGAUGAUGAUGAUGAUGAUGACGGCCUACCAAUACGACAAUUUGGCGCGGGUAACGACGANCACGACGACAAUAGUGAGCCUGUGAGUAGUGAAGAGGAUAUAGAUGACGAAGGCGCUCGCAGCAUUGCAAAUGAGGAUGUUGUAAGCCCUGACAAUGGCAUUGAUCGUGUUGCGCAAUUCGUAGGCCGCACCGAAGGAAGUCAGCCACGACAAAAUCGGCCCCGGCCGUAUCGUAGACGUGUUCCUGCCCAAAGACGCAGACGUCGUCGUAAUUCACAGCGAAGGCGUCGACGCGGUGGACAACGCAGGCGUAGACCCAGCAAUCGGAAUCGGCGCAGGCGUAUUGUAGUACGACGUGGUGCAGUGCCACGCAUAAGAACAGGUGGCCGGAGACGUGUUUUCAAUAUUAAUGCAUAA